AAGUAGCUGCUCUCUUUGGAUACACACAUGCACUGAAGUGUUUCAGAAAUCAACUCCCAGCAGUGAACUGGAUUUCUGUCUGUGGUCACUAACUGCUGUGAUUAAAGGAGUGCUGAGAGCAGAUUGCCAGAAUAAAAACGGAAGGCGAUGGGGCGGCUACACACCACCACCCCCGGGGUGGUUUUGAUGUGAUACUCUAUGAGGUUUGUGCAACCGGGGAGAGGCGAGAACAUGUCCGUGAAUUCCGCUUGCAACUUGGCCACGUCUGUGAGCUGCGACGGUGAGAGAUGGUCUCCACACAGGACUGGGGUGAGUGAAUUUGGUUUAAGAGUCACCUCUGACCCGAGCUCCGCCCCCUCGGGGCCUACUGUUGCUAAGGCCACAGGGACCGCCUCCCUCCAUGAUUUUAGGAGAUUGAGGUGGUAAACUUGAUGUGCUCCGCCCCAUCCGUUCGCUUAACCUCAUAAUCGAGAUCUCCGACUUGACGUGUGACCUCAAAGGGCCCUUGCCACUUGGCGAGUAAUUUAGAGCUUAAGGUGGGCAGUAAUACAAGCGUUUAUCUCCCGGUGAGAAUUCUCGUAGUCGAGUGCCCCAUCAUAACUGUUGGCUUUGACGUUCCUGAGCUUGGAGCAAAUUCCCCUCUGUUAGUUGACCCAAAGUGUGGAGUUUUACUCUAAAAUCAAAUUCAUUUUUGCUGUUUGAAGGCCCCUCCUCCCAAGCUUCCCAUAUGACGUUGAGCACGCCACACGGCCGACGCCCAUACAGCAGCUCGAAUGAGGAAAACCCUGUGGAGGCUUGUGGGACCUCUCUAACUGCAAAUAACAGGGGUGUGAGCCAUUUAUCCCAAUUUCUAGCAUCCUCGUGCACAUACUUACGAAUCAUAUUUUUUAAACGUUUUUUUAAAUCGUUCCACCAACCCAUCUGUUUGUGGGUGGUAAACACUUGUGCGAAUCAAAUUCCUAAUAAUUCGUAUAGUUUGCGUAGUAUUCGUGACAAAUGUAGUACCUUGAUCAGUGAGGAUUAGACCCCCCUAAGUGGGGAGGAAUCCAGGGCACAGGACCACCCAGCCUCCUGGGGCAGGAACAGGAUGGAAAGAGGAGGGGCGGAAGCAGGGUUUGGGGGUAGGGAAGAGAGAGAGAGAAGACGACAGAGAGAGAGACUCUGGAUCACUGCUUCCCGGAAACGCCGUCAUGUUGUCCUCGUCCAGCUGGAUCGCUUCCUCCAGCGACGCCAGGUGGUGGCACUGGACCCGCUCGGCCAUCCCACAGGGCAGCUGGGCGAUGAACUGCUCCAGUACCACCUUGUCCAUGAUUUCCUGGGCGAAAGGCGAAAAGGUGGCCGUAUUUGCCCAGCUUCAGGGUGCAGAAUUGCUGUUGGCUUUGUUCGGGGGUCCAGCCAACCUGCUGCAGAAUGGCAGAAUGAUGGCCAUUCCCACACCUCGUUCUGAUCAGGCUCCAGAAAGCCUGUCGGUCCUCCGCAUGGGCUUGGAGCAGGAGUUGAAAAUGCGGCUCCUGCUCCAGCCGCAGGUCGAUGAGGCCUGAUGCUGGUUCUGCUGGAUGCUGCAGAGGGUCUUGAUCACCUCGCCCAGUGGUGAGGACUCCAUGACGACGUAUCUCCUCGAAUUUCUUCCCGGGUUUCGGAACCAGUGUGACAACACGUCAGGGAUCGUGAGUGGAAAUGAGGAGACGGGGAGCAGUGACAUGCUUCAGAUGUUUUGACGAAGCUUCUUGCUGCACUGGAUGCAGAUCUCACUAGCUUGUACGCCAACAUUCUCCCUCAAGACACAGUGGAACCUCAUAAAACCAAAGUGACAAAUCUUUGUAAAACCAAAUGUGCGUUCUUUGACCUCCUUGAAGUCCUCAGUGCUGCUCGGCUCAGAUGUGGGGUCUGUUCUUUUGUUCAGAGAACUAUAUUCAUUCAGUCACGAGCGCUCCUGCAUGUCAUGAGAGCUGACGUGGACUAUUUAGUAAAGAAACGAGCAUUACUUCUACUGAAGAGAACUCUCCUGCGGAGAGCAGGUGAAGACUGGACCUUAGGUGAUGUGCAUUCUGCAGCGAAUGAAGAUGGCAGAUUGACUGACGACAUGCUGUCCAUGGCAAAAGUGGUAUUACAGGAAGUGGAGGCUGGCUGGCUCAAGGAAGUUCCUGUGAAAAUUCGUGCCAGCUUUUUUGGUGGAAACUGUAAUGUGGGUCUCAGUGGCACACAGAAAGAUGACGUGAUGCUGAGAGCAUUGAGCCUGAUUUUGCUGAAGUCGCUAGAAAUAAACAUUCAGUUUUCUUGUGUGAAAGAAGCUCAGAGUAACAUUGACAUUCAGCAGUAUUUAACAGAGCUCAUGUCAUUCCUCAUACGUCAUGGGACUCCUCUGUCUCAAGACACUCACAGCUGUUCCUGGGUGUAUUUAGUGUUUGCUGAGCAGGAUGAUGACAUGAUGGAGUCAGCCAAAGCCUUGAUUGCCUUGUAUUUGUACCAGAAAAGUUUGAGUUCCUCAGACUCAGGGGUUUGUGUCUGGGGCUGUAAUCCCCACUGUCAUUUUAUACUCCUGCUCCGGUCCCUCUCCUUUGACUCCACUAUGCUACUAGACUUCCUCAUCUCCACUGAAACUUGUUUCCUGGAGUACUGUGUUCGUUACCUGAAACUCCUCUGUGAUGACUGGACUGGGUUUUGUAGAUCUUGUCGUCAUAUUGAAGAUUGUGAUGAUACAACUGUGAUGUUUCAAGUUCUGUCUGAUAUUGCUGAAACAUCUGAAUCAUCUCGGAUGUCUGUUUCUUGCACAAGAACUUCAACAGGAAGUGAUGUCAGAGAUGGCCCAGUUUCACAACUGGUUGAUUAUGGGAGCUCAGAUGAAUCUGAGGAGGCAGAAGUGAACAUUUUUAACAGUAAUAUCAGGGUAGAUUCUGGUAGGACAGUGGCAGAAGCAACUUCUUGCCCAUCUGUAACAGCAUUAGAACAGGUUCAGACUGAACAUGUGUCUGAAUAUCUGUUUGGUAAAGUGGUUGUGUGUCUUGUUGAUCUGAGGACUGCAAUAACAAGACUGCAUAACAGGGGUCUAUUUCCCUACAACCCUACCUCACUUCUAAAAUUGUUAAAUAACAUAGAACCAAAGAGAAACAUGGUUAGUUAGACCUAGUCUCAAAGCUAUAACAUGGAAAAUGUAUAACCAGAUCCACAUGGAAUCUGCAGCCGCAUAAAUCCAUAGAAAGUUCUGCAUAUUUCUGGGUAAUUGGAACGUUAUACACAUCUUCCACCCUUUGUGUGUUUGUUAGUUUAAUACUUUGGUUAAUUUCAAAAUGCUUUCAGCUACUAAUAAGAGUUUAAUAUCCUCAGAUCUGUUUUACCAUAUUUAAACCCAUUCUGUAGAAUUCUGCUGAUUUCUUAAUUAAAUCAAUACAAAAAAUGCAAAGAAAAAAAUCUGCAGGUUACAGUUUUUCUGUCAACUCCCUGCACACACUGGUGUGAAACCCACAGUAGUUCACGACCCAUGCCCUCGCACAUGAAGUUCAGGUGUUGCUGCGCAAAGUCUUUUAUCCAACACCUAUAUCACCCAUGUGAAAAACUAACUGCCCCCUUAAACUUAAUUGCUGGUCAUGCCACCUUUAGCAGAAACAACUGCAACCAAACGCGUCCGAUAACUGGAAAUCAGUCUUUCACAACGCUGUGGUGGAAUUUUGGCCCACUCUUCUUUGCAGAACUGCUUUAGUUCAGCCACAUUGGAGGGUUUUUGAGCAUGAACUGCCCAUUUAAGGUCCUGCCACAGCAUCUCAAUUGGGUUCAAUUCAGGACUUUGACUAGGCCACUCCAAAACUUUAAUUUUGCCUCUUUUGAGCCAUUCAGAGGUGGACUUACUCCUGUUUUUUGGAUCAUUAUUUUGCUGCAUAAUCCAGUUAGUUGUGCUUGAACUCACGGACUGACCGGACGUUUCCCUUAGGAUUUUCUGGUAGAGAGCAGAAUUCAUGUUACCCUCAAUUAUUACAAGUCGCACUGGCCCUGAAGCAGCAAGGCAUCCCCACACCAUCACACUAUCACCACCAUGCUUGAUCGUAGGUAUGAUGUUCUUUUUGUGGAAUUCUGUGUUUGAUUUACACCAGAUGUAAUGGGACCCCUGUCUUCUUAACAGUUCCACUUUUGACUCAUCAGUCCACAGAACAUUCUCCCAGAAGGUUUGAGGAUCAUCAAGGUGUGUUUUGGCAAAAUUCAGACGAGACUUAAUGUUCUUAUGGGUUAGUAGUGGUUUUCACCUCGUCACUCUUCCAUGGAUGGCAUUAUUGGCCAGUGUCUGACAGUGGAGUCAUGAACCGUGACAUUUAUUGAUGCGAGAGAGGCCUGCAGUUCCUUGGAUGUUCUCCUUGGCUUUUUUGUGAUUUCCUGGAUGAGUCGUCGCUGUGCUCUUGGAGGAAUUUUGGAAGGUCGACCACUUCUGGGAAGGUUAAUACUGUGCUAAGUUUUCUUAAUUUGGAGAUAAUGACUCUCACUGUGUUUUUUUUGUUGUUGUUUUUUUUGGAGUCCCAGAGCCUUUGAAAUAGCUUUGUAACCCUUCCCAGACUUUCAAAUUAUCAGACUUAUGUUCCUUCCAGAAACCUGUAUUCAGCAGGUGAACGGCACCUCGUGGUGCCAUCUCAUAGAGGCACGAAAUCACUUUACCUUGACUGUUCCCCGAUGGUUGAAUGACCUGCCUAAUUCCAUCCAAGUAGCUGUCUCUUUAGCCUCUUUCAAAAAACAGCUAAAGACACAUCUUUUUUUUGAACACCUAAC